GGGAGCAGCGGCGCCGUCGGUCCUCGUCGGGGCUCCGAGGGUGCCCGACUCGUCCCCGGCCGGGCCAUGGCGGGCGCCAGGCCCGGCGUCCACGCGCUGCAGCUGGAGCCGCCCACCGUGGUAGAGACCCUGAGGCGCGGGAGUAAGUUCAUCAAAUGGGACGAGGAGGCCUCCAGUCGGAACCUGGUAACUCUGCGUGUGGACUCCAAUGGCUUCUUUCUGUACUGGACCGGACCCAACAUGGAGGUGGACACACUGGACAUCAGUUCCAUCAGGGACACGCGGACGGGGCGUUAUGCCCGCCUGCCCAAGGACCCCAAGAUCCGGGAGGUGCUGGGCUUUGGGGGCCCUGACGCCCGGCUGGAGGAGAAGUUAAUGACGGUGGUGGCUGGGCCAGACCCGGUGAAUACGACAUACUUGAACUUCAUGGCCGUGCAGGAUGACACAGCCAAGGUGGGCUGGCGCCUAAGGGUCGGCCAUGGGAGCCACCGCCUCACUUGCCGAGUCAGCUGUCACUUAGCAUCUGUCGCGCACUAG